AUGGCAUCUGUGUAUGUUGUGGACCAGAGAAAGGUGAGGACAAUCGCCGACCGGCCGUUCCCUCGGGCCGCUGUUGAGGGCCAUGAGCGCCCUAAAUACUACUUGGGCACACCCGACGCCAUCAAGGACGCCCUCGAGGCGGCCUGCCCGGGCGUCGUCUCCUGCGCCGACAUCAUCGCUUUCUCGGCCCGCGACGCAUCCUGCAUCCUUAGUGGGGGCAAGGUGGACUUCGAGGUGCCUUCCAGCCGCCGCGAUGGCACCUUCUCCAACGCCUCCGAGCCGCUCAAGUUCCUAGUCCCGCCCACGUCCAACCUCAGCGACCUCGUGGACAGCUUCGUCGUCAAGGGCCUCGAUGCGGAGGACCUGGUCAUCCUCUCCGGUGCACACACCAUCGGUCGCUCCCACUGCUCCGCCUUCGUGCCCGACCGCCUCAAUGUCUCCUCUGACAUCGACGGUGGCCUCGCCACGUUCCUGUGUGGCCAGUGUCCCGCCGACGCCGCUUCGGGCGGCAACGACCCGACGGUGAUGCAGGACGUGGUGACCCCAAACGACCUGGACAGGCAGUACUACAACAACGUGCUGUCGCACACGGUGCUCUUCACCUCCGACGCGGUGCUCCUGACGUCGGAGGAGACGGCGAGGAUGGUGGUGGACAACGCCAAUAUCCCCGGGUGGUGGGAGGACAGGUUCGAGAAGGACAUGGUGAAGAUGGCCGGCAUCGAGGUCAAGACCGGCGACCAGGGACAGAUCAGGAAGAACUGCCGCGCAAUUAAUUAG